AAAAGCCUCACAACGUUCACAGAGAGACACAGAAUGGCUCUGCUGGAGUUCGUUUUAAUUCUGCUGCUUCACGCUGAAGGUAAACAUUGAUUUUCUUUCACUUGUUAGAGGUUUAUAAAUGACUUUACAAAAUACUAUAGAUAUAAUUUAGAAGCUGCUUUCAUAAAAUGAAGGAAGUAAACCAGUUCAGGUAAAUUAUAUUGAACAGAUUCUCACAUUAAUGUAACUUGACUGAAACAGAAAUGAAGAGAAGAACUGAAGCAGCAGGAAGAGAAGAAACAUUUCUUCUCUCUGACUUCUAAUGAUGAAAUCUACAUUUCUGAUUUCAUUUCUGGUUGAUGUGUGUGGAGUAAAACUUUGCUCUAAAUGUGUCUUUUUCUCUUCAGCAGGCGUCAGUGGAGGAAUAAUCGAUCUCUACAAUAAACCUGGAGAUGAGGUUGUUAUACCUUGUAACAGUAAACCAUCAUCUUCCUCAUGUUCCAAUGUUCACUGGUUUUACAGCAGAGAUGAAAGACAUGUAUUUCAAUGGGAGGUUAAAGAAGGAAAUGUUGAUGAAAACUCAGCUCGAGCUGCCAGACUGAGUGUGAACAGUAACUGCUCUCUGAUCAUCAACAACAUCACUGAUGAAGAUGUUGGUUUCUACAUUUGUAGACUUGGACGAACAGGUUCCUUUGAUGCAGAUGUGUAUCUAAAUAUUCUGACUGUCUCUCCGUCUCCACCAGAUGCUGAUCUACAGAAGGAUGAAGUCACAUUAACCUGCUCUCUGUGGAGAUUCAGUAACAUUAAUCCUUGUAAACAGAGCAGCUUCCGCUGGUUGGAUGAUGAAGGAACUGAGCUGCAAGAUGAAAGUGUUGAUUUCUACGUCAGACAGACAAACUGUGUUUCCAACCUGACUGUAAAACAUCAGAGAGACCACAACAGAAGAUUCACCUGCCAGUUUGUUGAAGGAAACAGUGUGAAGAUAGAAGCUCACUACACACCUGAUUCUACAGGUUCUCAGAACCCAGAAAGCCAACAAACUAUCAUCAUCAUCAUCGGAGCAGUGGUCGGGGUGAUGCUCCUGUUCUUCAUCAUCACUGUUUUCAUCAUCAAAUGCAGACGGAGAACCAAAGAGACCGAAGAUCAAAGAAUCACAAAUGUGCAAACAACAGCAGCCCAAGACGAUGAGACAGAGAACAAUGUGACCUACGCCACUGUGGACCACGCUCAUCCAAAGGUCUCCUCUAAGAAGAAGGUAAAAGAGGAGGAAGAUGUGGUGACUUAUUCUGCUGUAAGGACUAAAACUGAUGCAGAGGUGGACAACGAUCCCAGCAGCUACUACAGCUGUGUCAACCUACCUGAAUAAAUGGGAGGAAAUGAGACUUCUUCUGACAUCAGUGUGUUUAUUAAAGCUGCAGUCAGGAAGUGGACGGCUGAACUUUGUGCUCCACUGUUAUCACAUGUUGUUCAUCAUAUGAAAGGAUUGUGGCCUAUUUUCCUAAUUUACGUAAAGGUCACACACACCUGCAUACAACUAGAUCCAGAGAAUAAAAGAAGGUUUUUACAUGCUGUUCCUGCCUGAUCAUGACCUGCUGGAGGAAAUCAGGUGGACGGACUCAGGUCUUUCUUUUUCAGAGAGAAGUUAUUAAUAUUCAGUUAGUGUCUUUUUAAUUUACUUUUACUUUUAUCAUUCCUAUUACUGAUUUAGUUUGCUUUAAACUGCUUGU